GCGCGUCGGACUGUGUGUCAAGUGCAACAUUAAUAGUCAUUGUUUGUGUACAUUCUUUGUGCUUAUAAGCAAAAAAUGUUUGCUUAUAUUAAAAUACUUGGAACAAAUGAACUGAAAAUUGUGAACGUGAACGAAAUUCAGAAGUUCAAGGUAGAUGCCUUGCCUACGAAGAAAUUUAAUAUUAAAAUUGGUCACAAAAUCGAACAAUGCACGGUUUCCUUCAAAGCAGAAACCGAAGAGGAGUUGCUCAAACUUAUAGAGUCAAAUCGAGCUAGGUUUCCACCUGCAAGUAUAUGUGUAACUGCUUCUGAGGACGAUACCCAAGUCAAUAAAGUGACUAAAUCUUCAGACCACCUGAAGACCAAUACUCAAGCUUUACUCGACAAGAAGUUAGCAGUAAAGGAUAAGGCACGCUUUGAAAUGGAAGGCGGGACCAGUCGAAGUACCACAACUGACAAAACUGAAGAGUUUAAUGAUACUACAAAAGAUGAUCCACUUAUGCACUGCCUCAAUGACCAGGCACCGGAAGUAUUAACAAGCGCUGGGAAUAAUGCAAGUAUGAUUAACAGUCUUAAAUCCACACUUUCUCAAUUGAACAUUGCCUCUGACGGAUCUUUAAACGUCAGUAAUAGUAAUGCUGCAGUUUUUAACUCUCCAAUCACUCAAAAAAAGUCGUCAAGUAACCGUAAACGAAAAAACAGUGAUUCUAAAGAGAACAAAAAAAAAACAAAAAAACUAAAAUUGCAAAGAAGAAUAAGAAGCAUAAGAAGAAGAAGAAUGACGAUGAUUUCAUAGACAGUGAAGAAAGAAUUAUAGAAAUUACAGAUAUUUCAAAAGAAAGAGAAAGAAUGAAGAAAGGUUCUGAUUUUUCAUUUGACCCAAUUACAAAAAGACUAACGGAUAUGACAAAUAUCAUGAAUAAAAGUUUUGUUGACAUUAAAAAAACAGUAAAUCAGAUCGAGAGUAAACACAGUUCUGAACUUAAGGAAUUAAGAGGCUUGGUUCAAAUUUUGAUAGAUAAUUGGAAUGAAUUUAAAAGUAUGCCGUCUACUUCAUCGUCUCGAGUUUUAGAGGAAAGGACUGGGUUUCCCGAAUCUGGGUUUAUUCGACGAAGCGAUAAUUCUAUACAUCUAGGAGAAGGUAUUUACAUCUCUAAGAAAACGUAUGAUUCAAUUGCUUCUGAUGCUACUUCCAAUGCUGUCUUUGUGAAAAAAAUUGUAAUGACCCAGUUUACUCCUGAAGAAAUAAUAAAUCAUAGUGUUAAAGGUGGAAAAUCGAAUAAAAUUAAAAUGACGUCCCGCAAACCUGGACUUGAUCCAACGAUCAGACUAGCCGUGAAAGGAAUUUUCCGAUAUUAUUUAAGUACCCGUUAUACAGAUGAAGCUUAUAUUAACGUGGAAGUUGAUAAAUGCGAUGACCAUAUCCGCAGAAAAAUAUCUGAUUUGAGAAAAAAAGCGAGACCAGCAAAGCUACCAAAAAAAAAAAAAUCCUCGUCUUCUAGUGAUGACUCGACUGACUCCAGUAGUAGCGAUUCAGAUGACCCGGUACCAAAGAAAAAAUCUCGUAACAGUAACGUUUCGUCUAGUUCAGAUGAUUUAGAUAAGGCGCAACCAAAGAAAAUAUCUCGUAAAAGUAACGCAUCGUCUAGUUCAGAUGAUCCAGAUAACUCUUCUGAUAAUUCACUUAAAACUAACUCACAAUUAGGUGAUAAAGUCAAUUCCAAAGAAGAUGAGCCUUUGGGAGAUGAAUGAUACAUUUGAUUUAUGAUUUCUCUUUUAUAAUAUCGUUCUAAAUAAUGUUUUAUGUUUCCUUAAUAUUCGUUAUAUAUUUUUCUUCAUUUACUAAUAUUGAAAUUACUUCUGUCAGAAUCAAUAAAUUAAAAUUGUUCUGUUGCAUUAACACUUUAUCACACUGUUUAAGGACAUUUCAAUCGUUAAAUUUUAUUUAUUAUUCCAAAUUACUCAUUUAUAUAAAUAAAUAAUUAAUAAUUUGAUAUUGGGUCAGUUAAAAUUAAAAAUUGAAAA